CCGCUUCGAUCACAUCUUGGAAAUGCAAUUCGCUGUGUAUUUCAGUUGUUUCGCCCUUGGCGUUGCAGUGUUGCCUCAGUUCUCUAAAGCAACCUUCCAAGUUAUCAACGUGAAUGUAAAGAAUGGAAACUGCAGCUACGGCGGUCUCCAGAUGGAAUCAACCACGCUGAAUCUUCAAAACGAUCCCUGCGAAGCUUGGACCUGCGACGCAGAAAACGGAACCUUGUUGAUACAGAGAUGCGGUCGGCUCGACGUGCCAGAAGGUUGCGAGCUGCAUCACCCAACGGGAUCCUUCCCCUGCUGCUGUCCUAUCCUCGUCUGUCCUAUGUACUGAAUGAAACGGUAUCGAACCUUACAGAGCGUGUCGUACUGCGCACCCCAUCGUCAAACAAAAUAAACGCUGACAAUUCACUUGAUUUUUCGUUUCAUUUUUUGUGUUAUAUGA